ACUCAUCAUAAAACAAAAACAAAAACAAAAACAAAAAUCGAAAUCCAAAACCCUCUUUCUCUCUCUCUCAAAUUUAAAUUUCAUUUCUCUUUUAAAUCGGAAAUCUCGAUUUGAAACCUAACGAAUUCCUAGGGCUCGACCUAGGGGAAUUUUUUUUCUAGGGCUUUUUCUUAAUUUUUCCGGCCAUCCGAUCGGCGAUUGGUCGGAAUCUGAUCGGAAAACGACGUGGUUUUGACGGUUUUCUGUGCCUCCGAGUUCCUCUAAACGAUGAACGAUAAGUCACAGUUGAUGAAUCAGCCCCCGCCGCCGAUGAUGAGCCUCAGCCAAGCUCAAGCCAUGAGCCAGCAGCCUCCGCCGCCGCAGAUGAUGGCUCCGUCGUCUCAAGCCAUGGCUGCUCAGCAGCAGAUGAUGAUGAACAGUCAGUCUCAACCGCCGUUGAUGAUGAACCGGAGCUACAAGGCUUGGCCGCCGCAGCAUCCACAGUUCGCCGCGCAGAAGCCGCCGCAGUCGAAUCUCGGCAGGAACAACAAUUGGAAGGGCAAGAAGGGAAAUGACAAGAGAAGAAUGGACAAGAUUGUCCCCAAUCUCCCCCUCAGUGGCGGUCAGAGCAGUACCGGUGGUUAUAAUGUUCCCAAUAUGCCCCUGAGUGGCGGCCAGAGCAACACCGGAGGUUAUAAUGUUCCGAAUUUGCCCCUGAGUGGUGGCCAGAGCAGCGGAGGUUACAUACCUCCGACGCUUAACGAGUUACAGUCUCAGAAUCGAAUGAAAGCUCGGAAAUUUUACCCCAAAAAGAAGUAUAACAAUAGGUUUGCGCCUUACGCCCCAAGGAACACGACGUCGUUUAUCAUUAGAGCUAAGAAGUCCGGCGGCAUCGCCUCGCUGGUUUCGCCGUGCCCGGUGACCCCUGCCGUGCUGCCCACGCCCAUUUUCUCGCCGUCCAGGGAGGUCUUGGGGGACACUGCCAAGGAGGAGUGGGGUGUUGAUGGCUAUGGCUCGAUGAAGGGGCUGAUCCGGCUGCGGUCGCCGGGGAAUGAUGAUGAGGAGGAGGAAGGAGGGGGCGGUUCGAGUGAGAGUGAUGUGGAGGAGCAUGUGGAGGUGGAGAGGAGGUUGGACCAUGAUUUGAGUAGGUUCGAGAUGAUAUACCCGAAUUAUAGUGGGGUUGAGUACAACAAUCUGUUGGAGAAUAGAGUGGAUGAUCAGGAUACGCACAUUGCGCAGUUGGAGGAGGAGAAUUUGACUCUGAAGGAGAGGCUGUUCUUGAUGGAGAGGGAGUUGGGGGAUUUGCGGAGGAGGAUGUUGUUUCUUGAGAGGAGGCACCAUGUGAUGGAGGACGUGAAUGAGGAGGUUGUGGAGAAUGGAUCGGAGAAUGAUAGUGAUGGAGGUUCGGAUGUGCCCCAUAUGGGCGUUGGGGGUGAGAGCAAUAUCGAGGUCGUAGACUAUGUGUCGAGAGAUGGUGGUGUGAGGGAUGUCUCGAUGGAAGAAUAUGUGCAUGAUGAAAUGAAAUUUAAGGAAAAUGAGGGCAAAGAUGAAGUGAGAAAUGAGGUUGUGGGUACUGAAGAGAUUGAACAUAAGAAUGAGGGAGGGAGGAAUGAUCUUGAUGGUGAUGGAGUAGUUUCAGAGAGGGUUGGGGAAGCAAGGGAUGAGUUUAUAAUGAACAAAGUAAUUGCGAACAAAAAUGAGCUGGUGAGUAGUGAAGUCGAGACAAAGAAUGAGAAUGAGUUUAUGCAGGGACACGCGAACACAGAGAAGGCUGAAGACAGUCGCAAUGAGAAGAAUGAAACUGAUGUUAUGAAGAAUGAAGUUGGGACCAAGAUUGAAGAUGAGUUGAUGCAGGGUCAGACGAAUGCGGAGAAAGAUGAAGAAAUGGGAACAUCAUGCACAGAGAAUAAUGAGGGGGGUGAAGAAUCAAGUUGAGACCAACAGCGAGAGUGAGUUGAUGCAGGGUCAGAUGAAUGCAGAGAGGGAUGAAGAUAUGGGAAUUGCCAGCACAGAGAAGAUCAUUGGCGUCGGUGACCAAUCUGUCCCGCGUUAAUGUAAGUUGCUCUUCUGAACAGAUAAACAUUUCCCAUGGUGUAUUCAUCGUUAUACCUUUGGAUAUAUGCAAUAUGUAGAAUCAGAUUAUAUUUGGAUUUUUAUAAUUUCUGUUUGUUUCAUUAAAAUAGUCUGUCAGGCUGAUGGAGAAGGAUAAGAUGAACUGGUAUUGUUCCGAAAUUCUUAUCUAUUCUGACCUAAUAAUGUCCGUAGGGAUCAGGAAUGUAGGUUUUAUAUUUUCGUUUCGGAUAAGGGUUGUAUUAGAGAGUCCAGGUUCAUUCUAUUAAACGGAUAUAUCUGUAUGUCUGCAAGUUUUGAAGUUUGAAAUGGACCUGUGAAUUUACUAGGGUAUGAUGUACUAAAUUUUCAUAUGCUUAUGUCAUGCAAACCUUUCUAAAUAUUCUUUUGCAAUUCUAUGAACAUCUGUUUUCUGAAAGUGAUCGUAUAGAACUUACAAUUUGCAUAAACAUUUCGGCAUAUUUAUGAUAAUGUAAAAUUGAUAUUGAUACUGUUACUAUUGCCUCUGCUAGAAGUAUAAAUGUGCUUGCAUCGAUAUCUCUUUAAAGAGUACUUUUCUCCCUUCAAGGGUUUGGGAAGGUUGGUGGUGAUUAUGCAAUUGUAAACAUUCAAUUCUGUAAUUUUAUGAAUAUAUGAGAACUUUGUCCCUGGAAAGCUAUAUCUACUUUUGCUCCCUCUAGUUGACUGGUGCCCUAUCUUUCAUGGAAGUGGCUUACACCCUUGCAAAUCUUUUGUAUUUCAUUUGAGGAAUUGAGGGUAUCUUCAAAGUCGCUAUUUGAGGCAGCAGAAGUUGGACUGUGAGAAGGUCCAAAGGUUGAAAGGAGACCAAUACUUGUUCUAGAGUUUAGCACUUGGCAGUGAGCAGACAUGUUUAUAUGAAGAAGCUGAUUCAUUCACUUAUGUGAUCUUCCACUCUUUGUUUUGCUGCAUGGGUUCCUUUGUCAGGUUCCAAGAUGUGAUUAGAUGGCUGUUUCGAUGAAAAACUGAGAAGCCUGUGGUAUGCUGAAUUUCCAGGACAAACGUGACGUGAGUGGCUUUGUGAAAAUUGAUUGAUAAUGCUGCAUUCCUGAAACUGUUGUUGAAAUGAGCAGAAUAUUGGACAUACGUUUGCAAUGGACGGAUCAAAGCAGCACUGAAUUGCUUUUGAGCAUAUGCUUGUUUUGCUUUAAGAUUCUUGCAGUUGCUCAAAUCAUAUGCGUCCUUGAGCAUUUUGUUUACAACUUCACAUAUCAUUACAUCAUUUUUUUUGUUCUAAUACAACUUAU